UUAAAAUGUUCCACAGUGACUGACGUGGUAUGUUAAGAGUGGAUCGUGGAUAUUAAACGAAGCGGUCACACCGUGGCCAGUUCUACGUAAAUGGAUUGCAGGUGGUGAAGAAUUGAUUAUUUCACAAAGAUUUUAAUAUUUUUUUCUACAUUUUUGGUGAAAAAAUUAAUUAAACUCUAUUAAAAUGGUGUUGUUAACAAUGAUUGCAAGGAUAAUAGAUGGUUUACCAUUAGCUGCAACCAUGCAAGAAGAUGAACAGACAGGAAGAAGUAUUUUGGAAUAUCAAAAUCAAGCAAAAAUGUUAUUUAGAAGAUUAGGACCUCAGUCUCCAACUAGAUGUACUAUAGAAACAGGUCCAUAUUUAUUCCAUUAUUUAAUUGAAAAUGAUGUAUGCUAUUUGGUAUUAUGUGAAAAGAAUUAUAGUAAACGGAUUGCAUAUAGUUACCUUGAAGACAUAGCACAAGAAUUUCAUUCAUUAUAUGGUAGACGUGUUAAUUCAGUUACUAGGCCUUAUAGUUUUAUUGAAUUUAAUACAUAUAUUCAAAAAGCAAAGAAAGUUUUUUUGGAUGGUAGGUCAAGAAGAAAUAUGAAUGCACUCAACAGCCAACUACAAGAUGUGCAGAGAAUCAUGGUUCAAAAUAUAGAUGAUGUUUUGCAAAGGGGUACAGUUCUUUCAGAACUAGACACAAAGACACAAAAUUUGUCCAUGUUAUCACAAAAAUAUAAAAAGGAUGCAACUUACUUAAAUAGUAAGUCUAUGUAUGUAAAAGCUGUGGCUGGACUUGUUGCAUUUUUAGUCUUCCUGUUAUAUUUUUUUAUUCUUUAGUUCUUCAAUUUAUUUGAUAUAUUAAUUAUUAUCUAAAACCUGGUUUUUAUCAUUAUUAUUCCCCAUAUUAUUUUUUUUUUUUGGGUGUAGCAAAUAUUUUUUUUCUGCGAAUUUACUUUUCCAUAUGAUAUAUUUAAAUGUUAAGUCUAUUUAAUAUUAAAAACAAUGUACAUAUAUUGUAUUCAGAGAAAUACUAGUCGCAAGGAAUAUAAUGAUAUUGAUAUCGUUCAAGAUAUGACUUUCAUAUAUUAUCAUGCAGUAAAUAUAACAGUUCUUUACAUAAUUAA